AUGUUCUCUCUUGAUGUCGUAUCGCUAUACACCAAUGUUCCAGCAGAAAACGCGUAUGACUUCAUAGAGGACCAAUGGCACAGGCUGCGCAAGUACACAACACUCUCCCUUGCCUCCCUGCAACAAGCCCUAAGCGUUGUUCUCAAAUCCUCCUUUUUCAAAUACAACAACAACUACUACAAACAGAUACACGGUGUACCCAUGGGAUCAUCUAUAUCGGGAUGCAUCGCUUCGAUCUGCAUGGAAAAAUUAGAACAAGGAUGCAUCGAACGUUUGAAACAAAAAAAUAUUCCACUGAUUGUUUACAAACGCUACGUCGAUGAUUGUUUCGUAGUCGCCAGGGAAAGUGAUGUAGAUGUGAUCUUCGAGGAAUUUAACAAUGCGCAUAAAACCCUCAAAUUCACGCUCGAGAAGGAGGAACAACAAACCAUUCGCUACCUGGACAUGACUUUAUCGAGGCAACAUGAUAAAAUUAUCAAAACGUGGUUCACAAAACAACCGGACGGACGAUACUUGGACUUCAAUUCAGAGAGCCCGUUUACGCACAAACAAAAUACAAUGUUCGCUCUUGUGGACCGCGCUCUAAAAUUAUCUGACCCAGAAACCAGGAAGACAAGUAUCGAUGCAGUGAAAAACAUCCUCGGCAAAAACAAUUAUCCGCAAGACAUACUACAUAAUAUCUUCGAGAAAAGGACACAUGCAAUGUACAAUACACUACAAAACCAGAUCCCCCCCGAAUCUGCAUUUUCAAGAAUGGCAUCGAUCCCGUACAUACCCGGACUGAGCGAAAGGGUGGCCAAAAUCCUUCGCAAACAUGAUGUGAUCGCCGCCUCCAAACCAUGUGACAAAAUAAAGUCAACAGUUUUCACGAAAUUGAAAGACCCGAUCCCUAAAAUGAUGCAAACCAACGUCGUAUAUUCAGUACCAUGUAGCUGCGGUAAAGAAUAUAUCGGCCAAACAUCGCAAACCUUGGAAAAAAGGACCAAACAGCAUGAAAACAGCAUACGGGUGAAAAACAAACAAACUGGCCUAGCGCAACACGCACUGGAAGACGACGCUGACCACACGUUCGAUUUUACGAAAACCCAAAUUCUGGAGAGGAUCAUCCACAAGUCACAUAAGUUGAUUGCGGAAAAACUGCACAUCAAACUGAGAGGGAACCAAGCGGUUAAUCUCCAGAUUGAUACGAAGGGAGUUUCCAAUGCCUACAACGGACUAUGGACCAAACUCAGAGAGGAGAGAGAACGAGAGAAUCCAAAAACUCUAAUAAACCGACGUCCCGACGACAACCAGCAGCAGCAGCAGCAAUAG